UGUUUAUAACCUCUAAAUCAUUCCGGGCCCAUCGCCCAUGUUCCGGGCCAUCCCAAUAUGUAAAUUUUUAGUAUCUUCUAUCUUAUUGAUAUGUUUCGGUUCUGCUGGCUCUACUUCAAAGUUUAAUUUUUGUUUCAUCGUUGAAGUAUGCGCUGAGUAACAUCACCGCUAUCCAGUCUCCAAAAUAUCGCUGUGGGAAGUAGCUGAAAGGGUGGUGAAAGACACCAUUAACACUGUCUCGGCUUUCCAUGUAACUUGCUCCUCCUCUGCCCUUUUCUUGUGAGCAGUCAAAGUAUAUUCAUCAUUCGAAACUCCUUCGUUUCUACCAUGGCUUUCGUUGCCCGUAAUUUAAAUCCCAACAACAUCUCAUGUGCAACCAAUGCUAUCAAUGCCGGCAUCUUGAAGACCAUGAGCGGGACAAUUCUACCAUCUAGAAACACUUUCGUACUCCGCAGAAAAAAUCCGGCUCCACCAGGCAGAAUUAAUGGCAACAAACGAGAAUGGUUUAAGCUUAAAGCAAUAUACAAAGAAUAUAUUUUAGUAGAAGACACGCAAACUAAACGUCUCGCAGAUAAGCAGUUCGUUUUGAAAACCUUCGUUGAAGAUGUAGGACAGAAAGGUGACAUUAUUUGGAUGCAUCCUCUGAGAGCCUAUGAACGAUUGGUUCUGCCUGGCUUAGCUGACUUUGGAACUCCAGAAAAUAUUGCAGAAGCCUUAAAAUACAAGAAAACAGAAGAAGACAUCAAAUAUAGUACUAUAACUGCUCCAGAGGUAAAGAGAAUUCUUGAGGUUCACACAAUUUUGAAAGUCACAAUGAACAAAGAAACUCCCUGGACGAUGGAACCCUGGCAUAUACGAGUGGCUUGCCGACAAGCCAACAUAAUGUUGGGUAGUAAUGAUUGUGUUCAAUUUCCAAGAAAAAUUGAAGGCCCCAAUUUAGACUGGGAGGCAAAGGAAUUCUAUGUCAUCAUAAAGAUAAACAAUUUCGAGGAAGCAAAAUUGAGAUGUCGAUUACACCACUGGAGUACAUCUCCAUUCGAUAGACUACCUUGGGAGAGUGAUUUUUGGGAUAAAAGAGCAGAACCUAUCUUCCCGGAGGAUGCCGAAUUGUUAUCCAAAAUGCCUCUUCCGCCGCCCAAAAGGGUGGUCAAGGAUGAUUGGGCUUAAGAAAGUUCUAAAUGGUAUAGUUUUGUGAAAACACUCAUUUUUGUUACUUGCUUUAUUUGUUUAUUUUUACGAUUGUAAUAUAAAAUAUGUCCUAAGUCAA